AUGUUUGGUGCCCUGAACCGAUUCAUAGCCCGUCUGGACGGCGAGCCGCCCCCGCGACAGACCGACUCAGGACCAUCCGACACCUCCUUUGGCUUUCAAGUUCUGCGCAACACGAAUAAAGAGCUCCAGCUGGAGCCCUGGUUCGACUUUAUCAUUGGCAUGAACGGUCACUAUCUGGACUCGCCGGACCCGAACCUGUUCGUCACGGAACUACGCAACUGCGCAGGCGCGUAUUGCACGUUAGAUCUCUGGAGCGCAAAGGGCCAAAGAAGGCACUCGCUCACCAUCCCCGUGCCUGCUUCGGCCGAACCCUUGGGACUGUCCCUCCAACUCACGCCUCUCAACUCCACCCAGAAUAUAUGGCACGUCCUGAGCAUACCUUCUCCGCUGUCACCCGCACACCAGGCCGGCCUGCUCCCGCACAGCGACUACAUCCUCGGCUCGCCGAGCGGGACGUUGAAAGGAGAAGCGGCGCUGGGCGAGUUAGUCGAGGAUCACCUGAACCGGAGCCUCGUGCUGUGGGUCUACAAUUCCGAGUUCGACGUGGUUAGGGAGGUGGAACUUGUGCCGCGACGCGGCUGGGGCGGCGAGGGUGCGCUAGGGGCAGUCCUGGGCUUCGGGGCUCUACAUAGACUCCCUGUGGGGUUGGGCGAAGAGAUCCAGGGACCCGGGGAGAGCCUGUUUGACGCCGAUGGAAAGAGCCACAGCCACGAGAAUGGACAGGGACAACAACAAGCCUUCGCCAACAACGCCUUCCAGCCCGUACCGGUCGAAAAUCUACCUACUCCACCUCCACCUCCGAUGAUCAGCCCGAAUGCACCUCCUCCGCCGCCGAUGGUAAACCCCAACGCUCUUCCUCCUUCGACUACUGCAGGACCCCCGAGAACACGAAAAGGCCGGCAUCAUGCCGCUGCCAUAAAGAGUGGGUUCGACGAUAUGUUCGCCGAGGGGACCAAGAAGAGCGCCGAACAGGACCAUAUACCGUCGAGGAAGGGCACGCCUCUUGCGCCGCCUCCCAGAACUGGUUCUGCUGGACCGACACCCCACUCCGCGACGCAUGAGAAGGGAGAUCCAAUAUCUCAGGCAGGCGACGAGCUAGGCGAGCCGGGCGAUGCCGAAGAAACGUGA